AUGCCAAUUUCUUUGCUUCAACACUUCUUUCUCAUCUCAUUAAUUUCAUCAAUUAUUAGCCUCACAAAUUUUGGUCAUGCACACAACCUAUGCCAAAAUAACCAGAAAACACUCUUACUUGACCUGAAAAACAACUUGAAAUUCAAUUCCUCUAUCUCAACGAAACUGGUGAAAUGGAAUCAAUCCGGUGAUUGUUGUGAGUGGGAAGGCGUGGGAUGCGACGCAGCAGGCCAUGUUGUGCUUCUGCAACUCGACAACGAAUGCAUAUCCGGUGGAAGUGAGGAUUCAUCAAGUUUUGUAAGUCUUGAGUUUCUUGAGAAGUUGAGUUUAGCAAACAAUUCACUUAAUGGAACCAUUCCCACUCUAAAUCACCCUAGCUUGAUUGAGUUAGAUUUGAGUAGUAAUCAACUCAAAGGCCCUAUUUCCGACUCCAUCAAUCUCGAAAGUCUCGAGGUUCUCUCCCUAGCUAAUAACUUGUUCAAUGACACUAGUGAACUAGAAAAUCUUCAUAAACUUCACAAUCUUACCACUCUCAAUCUUUCUUACAACGACAACUUGACACUUGAUGCAAAUAGCCUGAGUUCAAAUUGGUCUAGAUUUUCCCAUCUAAAGAGGUUGAGCCUAUCUUCUUGCAACUUGCACAAGAUUCCCGAGUUUCUGAAACAAUCCAACUUGACCUUUUUGGAUCUCUCAGACAACCGGAUAACCGGGGAAAUACCUAAUUGGGUUUGGGAAAUUGGAAAUGGAGAUCUUUACCAUUUGAACCUUUCAUACAACAUGCUGGUUGAUUUGCAAAAGCCUUACCAUAUUCCCAACUUCCUUGCUGAGCUGGAUUUGCAUUCAAACCAGCUGCGUGGCGAGCUGCCACUCCUGCCAGAUGGCGCCUCGUACGCGGAUUUUUCUCAUAACAAGUUUCACAACCCCAUUCCUCUUUCCUUUGUAAGCUCCAAUUUCGUUCUGAUUUUCUUAUCCAUUGCAAAUAACAGCAUAAGUGGGUCGAUUCCAACGUGCAUUUGUAGCGCUGAAUCGACCCAAGUUCUCGACUUGUCUAUGAAUAACUUGAGUGACAGUAUACCUCCAUGCCUUGUGGAGAGGAUGUACAGUCUUCGAGUUUUAAACCUCAGGAGAAACAACAUAAGUGGUGCCAUCCCGGAUAAAUUUCCGAGCAACUGUGGGAUGAAGAUCUUGGAUAUUAGUAGCAACAAGUUGGGAGGAAAGUUUCCAAGGUUCGAGGGAGAGAUGAAAUGUGGUGAUAACUGGCCUGAUCUUCAGAUCAUCGACAUCUCUCGCAAUAACUUCAGUGGAGAUUUGCAUCAAAUAAGCUUCUCAACCUGGAAUACAAUGAUGUUAGAGGGACCUCUACGAUUUAGACAUAGAUUCCUUAGCCUUAACAUUGCGCGUCCUGACUUCAAUUACAUGACUCAUUUAAUAUUAACCAUCAAAGGCACUCAGGUGGAGUUUAGAAAGAUUUGGCCAGAUUAUACAUCUAUUGAUUUCUCUUGUAAUAGUUUUCAAGGAGAGAUACCAGAAGCAAUAGGUGAUCUGACAUCACUCUAUCUCCUCAAUUUAUCUCACAAUUCCUUGACUGGCCCAAUCCCAAAGUCAAUUGGUAAGAUGGAACAGCUUGGAGCACUUGAUCUCUCUGUAAACCAGCUAACAAACACGAUUCCGGUGGAAAUUGCGCGGCUCAACUGGCUUUCGGUGUUGAAUCUGUCCUACAAUAAUCUUGUCGGAAGGAUACCAGAUGGUCAUCAGCUUGAUACGUUCUUUAGUGAUUCAUAUAUAGGAAACACAGACUUGUGUGGUUUCCCUCUCAAAAUGAAGUGCAGCAUGGAUAGUGGAAAUGUGAUUAGGCCCAAGAUCGCAUCAAAAUCUUGCCCAAAAUCGCAGCAUAAUAAUCUCCGAUAUAUCUUCUUCAUUUUAUUUGAUGUAGCGUAUCUUUUACUUUAG